AACUCACCACACACUCAAUAGAAUGUCAAAUUUAAUGAAACUCGAAAAUACAAAAAAAUUUACUAGAAAACCGUGUCACUCCCGCAAAUUGUAAACGCAACAAUUUUUGAAUUAAUCGCCUAGUGAUAAAAUGUUUAUCGUCGCGUUAACCGGCGGAAUUUCUACGGGUAAAACCAGUGUCUCAAAAGUGUUCAAGGAAAAUGGAAUUCCAGUCGUCGAUGCCGAUCAAAUAGCCCGAGAAGUUGUCGAGCCGGGCAAACCAGCAUGGAAGAAAAUCAAGGCUGAAUUUGGUGAUGCUGUGUUCCAUGACGACGGUACCAUAAAUCGAGAAGCCUUGGGCAAACUGAUAUUUGACGAUGUCGAUAAAAGACGCUUUCUAAACUCGAUAACACAUCCGGAAAUUCACAGACGCAUCUACAUCGACGUGAUAAAAUGUUUCGUAGCCGGACACAAUUUCGUUGUAGUUGAUCUACCGUUGCUGUUCGAGACCGGUGUUAUGAUUCAGUAUUGCCACAAAAUCAUCACUGUCACUUGUGAAGAGGAUCUUCAGUUGACGCGAUUGAUGGAUCGAAAUAAACUAUCCGAGGCCGAUGCAAAGAAGCGCAUUGCAGCCCAGAUGCCGUUGGAGUUGAAAUGUAGUCAAUCGCAUUUUGUGAUCGAAAAUUCGGGUAGUCUAAGCGACACGGAACAGCAAGCAUUAAAGAUUCUAGAAGUAUUAAUUGAGAGCAAUCAUCACUGGAAAAUUCGCGGUAUUAUAUUGGCGACGGCGGCCGUAUUUUUUUCCGGCAUCGCAUGGCUGUUAGAUUACAAAUAUAAAAUAUGGUCACAGUGAUCCGUGCAGAACGGUGUGACUGGGUUUUUAACAAAUUUUAGAAACAUUAAAUUUGAUAUUGUAACGGUUGUAGGACACAAUUUUAAGACAUUCUAUUAUGCCAUUGAGACCAUUGAGAGUAGAGAUAUAAUUUAUUCCACACGCUGAAACGAAAAAACAAAAAAUUGACAAAAAUAUUUUAGGACUCGACGUUUGAAUGCGAAAUAAAGUUAAUUAAUUGCGACCAGCAACAAA